GUACAUUGGGAUUUUGGUCUACCUUAAUUAUGGGUGUGCCCGAACCAGUGGCGCGCAACCAGUCGCAACAUGGAAAGCCUGUGCUCAAACCAUCACCAGCACUUGGCAAGUCGAUUGGACUUUUCGAAAUGACCUCAAAACCUGGAAGGACGCCAACAUAUCCUGUCGGUCAUUUGGCGGAUCACUGGCUACUGUCCAGACAAUGGCCCAGCUUACAUGUGCUAACUGGACAGCAGAAGGAUCAUCCGCCACGUGGGUGGGCCUGACUGGUACAUGGAGUGCCGGAAAUUGGAGUGCUUGGAAAUGGGAAGCUGCAUUGUCGCCCGUCACGGCACAACUUCCAUGGGCAUCACAAUUUCCAAAGAUUCAGGAUGAUUACAGAUACGGAUACUAUCAGCCAGACAUUUUCAGAUUACGGACUUGGAACAACAACAAUACAAAUCGGUACCUCUGUCAACGAUAUGUGACUAAAAAUAACUGGUACGGGUGCUCUGCAAGCAAAUCUCUUGGACUCAUGGAGAUACUUUACAAUCCAACGCCUAAGACAUAUGAUGAGGCCACCACCGAUUGCGCAGGGAGAUUCAGCAUUCUGGCCAAUAUCCAAAGCUUAAAUCAUGCAGAGUGCGCAAGGUCAGUGCUUGGACCACGAAAUGGUCAAUGCAGCAGUUCCUCAAGCGAUAAUUGCAAGAAUGCCUCGUUUGGCUGCAAAGCCAAUACAUGCAAUGUGUGGGUUGCUCUACAACGAACCUCUAAAAAUUGGACAUGGGUGUUACCAGUUCCAUCCAUACCGAGCACAGUUCCCUGGAUAAAUUCAACAACAGGAGGUAGUGGAGAAAGAAAAUGUGGUUACUAUUUACCUGAAAAAGAGGGUUUCGGAGUCGAAUCUUGCACAGUGAAGCUAAGUUUCUACUGUCAAAGAUAUACACCAAAUGAACCCUCCAACAUAGCUGUCGACUCCACCGAAACUGAGAUCUUCGCACGUUUAGUGCAGCCACAGAUACUUCGGGAAUGGAUAUCUCGAUUCUGCUUUGUGUACGCGGACAAAAGGACAGCGGCUGUCACAACUUCGGUUUGUGGCACAAGUGAGUCUACCGUUCUGUCAAACCUGAGUGCCAGCACGACGUACCGAGUCCAUGCAUUCUACACCACUACGACUGGAAUAAACAGCAGCACCUCCCCAGAUGUCUACAUUGCAACAUUGCCUAAAGCGACAUGGAAAGACUGUGCUCAAACCAACACCAGUACUUGGCAAGUCGAUUGGACUUUUCAAUUGGACGGUAAAACCUGGAAAGACGCCAACAAAUCCUGUCGGUCACUUGGCGGAUCACUGGCUACUGUUCAGACAAUUGCUCAUCUGCAGUGCGCCAACUCUACAGUCAUGGGAACGUCCGCUACGUGGGUAGGCCUGACUGGUACAUGGAGCCCCGGGAACUGGAGUGCUUGGAAAUGGGAAGCUGCAUUGUCGACCGUUACGGCACAACUUCCAUGGGCAUCAACAUUUCCAGCGAUUCGGGAUGAUUACAUAUACGGAUACUAUCAGCCAGAAAUUUCCAGAUUACGGACGUGGGACAAUAACCAUACACUUGGGUACCUCUGUCAACGAUAUGUGCCUAAAAGUAGGUGUAUGGCCUUUGAAUGAACGGACAUUGUAGUCACAUAGUUUUUGAACCUAUACAGUCAGUCUGUUGUGCAUGUCUAUUUUCGGCAAUGAGCCAUCAGUAUUGAGGUUAAAACAGGUGGACCUAAACCAUGCAACCCAAAGUGUAAUGAAUUCUUCAUGUAAUGAAGUCGGCUCCAGUGGAGCUUGGCAACAUUAACUCUUUCCAUGCCAUGGAUGCGUUUACCGUUUUUUUUAGUAUGAGCCGAUUGGCCAUGGACGCGGUUACGCGUUCUGCCUACAAUUUACAGUACAUACUUACUGCGGGUUAUAGACGAGUGUACAAACCGUCAUAACUCCUCAGGGGCGUCACGCACGGUUCGAACACUACCACUAUGGUCGUAUCACUUUUCGUCCAGGAUGGUCCACCCAAUUCA